AUGCAAUCCUUACUCGCCCUUCUCUUCCUCCACUUGAGCUUUCUCAGCUCGCAGUGCGCGGCCCGCGCUCUGCUGGCCAGCAGCGAUGCCCCAAGCCACAGCAUCUCUCGGUCUUCGGUGGCGGCAGUGGGCCAAGCCUCGGCAGCUCCGCAUCCAGUCGACGCCACCAUAGAGACCAGAAGCCAGAGGUGGCCUCCCAGUGCCGGCGCUAAUCGAAACAAGACGGUCGCGGGCGGGUAUCAUGGGAGCUGCAUCAACUGCCGACUCUUUGGCAAGUACGAGGACGGCAGGGCCAAGGACGCCGGGGGUCUUUUGAGCUGCGAUUGCGACUACCCGGGAAGGCCGGGCGGGUUUCGACGAAGGGAAUCGGUCGUCAACUUGAAUGAUUGGUUGGGUAACGUGCAAGGGAAGCUGACGUGGGCAGGGCCUGGUCAACCUUGUGCCGGCUUCGUCGGCUCGUGUACGUGCCAGCUGUUCGAGGGACGAUACCUCUCCUGCGGGUGCCAUGAUGCACCUGACGGGACCCAGGUCGUGGACUUGAACGAGCACAUUGCCAACAAGAACGGGGUUUUGAAGGUGGUGCAAUGA